CACCCCCUCCGCCGUUGCAGCCGCUUCCUCCGCCCGUGGGAAGCGGCGCUUUUCGGGAGCUGCUCGAGGCCUGCCGCAAUGGGGACGUAACCCGGGUCAGGCGCCUGGUGGACGCUACGAACGUCAACGCCAAAGAUAUGGCCGGGCGGAAAUCCACCCCUUUGCACUUCGCGGCAGGUUUUGGAAGAAAGGAUGUUGUGGAACACUUGCUACAGACAGGAGCCAAUGUCCAUGCUCGUGAUGAUGGUGGAUUGAUACCUCUUCACAAUGCCUGUUCCUUUGGUCAUGCUGAGGUAGUUAGCCUCUUGCUGUGUCAAGGAGCAGAACCAAAUGCCAGAGACAACUGGAACUAUACUCCUCUGCAUGAAGCUGCAAUUAAAGGCAAGAUAGAUGUGUGUAUUGUACUGUUGCAACACGGAGCUGAUCCAAAUAUUCGGAACACAGAUGGAAAAUCAGCUUUGGAUCUUGCAGAUCCUUCUGCAAAAGCUGUACUUACUGGUGAAUACAAGAAGGACGAACUCUUGGAAGCUGCUAGGAGUGGCAAUGAAGAAAAACUAAUGGCUUUGUUGACACCUUUAAAUGUGAAUUGCCAUGCAAGUGAUGGGCGAAAAUCUACCCCAUUACAUUUGGCUGCAGGAUAUAACAGAGUUCGUAUAGUUCAGCUUUUACUUCAGCAUGGUGCUGAUGUCCAUGCAAAGGAUAAGGGUGGACUUGUGCCCCUCCACAACGCAUGUUCCUAUGGACAUUAUGAAGUCACAGAAUUGCUGCUGAAGCAUGGAGCCUGUGUUAAUGCAAUGGAUCUUUGGCAGUUUACCCCAUUACAUGAAGCUGCUUCUAAGAAUCGUGUGGAAGUUUGUUCUCUGUUACUCAGUCAUGGUGCAGAUCCAACAUUAGUCAACUGUCAUGGCAAAAGUGCUGUUGAUAUGGCACCAACACCUGAGCUCAAAGAGAGGCUCACCUAUGAAUUCAAAGGACAUUCCUUAUUACAAGCAGCAAGGGAAGCUGAUUUAGCCAAAGUCAAGAAAACACUUGCUUUGGAAGUCAUUAAUUUUAAGCAGCCACAAUCUCAUGAGACAGCACUGCACUGUGCUGUGUCUUCUCUUCACCCUAAACGGAAGCAAGUUACUGAAUUACUGCUUCGGAAAGGAGCCAAUGUCAAUGAAAAAAACAAGGAUUUCAUGACUCCUUUGCAUGUUGCUGCUGAACGAGCACACAAUGAUGUUAUGGAAGUUCUUCAUAAACAUGGAGCAAAGAUGAAUGCACUAGACACACUUGGACAGACUGCUUUGCACAGGGCUGCUUUGGCAGGUCACCUGCAGACGUGUCGCCUCCUGUUGAAUUAUGGCUCUGACCCCUCCAUCGUCUCCUUACAAGGUUUCACAGCAGCACAAAUGGGCAAUGAAGCAGUGCAGCAGAUAUUGAAUGAAAAUACCCCAGUACAUACUUCUGAUGUGGAUUAUAGACUGUUGGAAGCAUCUAAGGCUGGAGAUUUGGAAACUGUAAAGCAACUUUGCAGUCCGCAGAAUGUGAAUUGCAGAGAUUUGGAGGGACGUCAUUCAACUCCGUUGCACUUUGCUGCAGGUUAUAAUCGAGUUUCAGUAGUUGAAUACUUGCUUCAUCACGGAGCAGAUGUGCAUGCAAAGGAUAAAGGUGGAUUAGUACCUCUGCACAAUGCUUGUUCAUAUGGACACUAUGAAGUUGCAGAGCUAUUGGUGCGACAUGGGGCUUCUGUUAAUGUUGCCGAUUUGUGGAAGUUUACACCACUACAUGAAGCAGCAGCAAAGGGAAAAUAUGAAAUAUGCAAGCUCCUUCUCAAACAUGGAGCAGAUCCAACCAAAAAGAACAGAGAUGGCAACACCCCUUUAGACUUGGUGAAAGAGGGAGAUACUGAUAUACAGGACCUGCUGCGAGGUGAUGCUGCACUGCUGGAUGCUGCUAAAAAGGGCUGCCUAGCACGAGUUCAGAAAUUAUGUUCUCCAGAAAACAUCAAUUGCCGUGAUACCCAGGGACGGAACUCCACCCCAUUACAUCUUGCUGCUGGUUAUAAUAAUUUGGAAGUUGCUGAGUAUCUUCUAGAACAUGGUGCUGAUGUUAAUGCUCAAGACAAGGGAGGAUUAAUUCCACUACAUAAUGCAGCAUCCUAUGGGCAUGUUGAUAUAGCAGCUCUGCUGAUUAAGUACAAUACCUGUGUAAAUGCCACAGAUAAAUGGGCAUUUACACCAUUGCAUGAAGCAGCACAAAAAGGAAGGACGCAGCUCUGUGCUCUACUUCUAGCACAUGGAGCAGAUCCAACAAUGAAGAAUCAAGAAGGCCAGACACCUUUAGAUCUGGCCACAGCUGAUGAUAUCAGAGCCCUCCUUAUUGACGCGAUGCCUCCAGAAGCCUUGCCAACAUGCUUUAAACCUCAAGCUACUGUUGUUAGUGCCUCUCUCAUUUCACCAGCAUCAACUCCAUCCUGUCUGUCUGCUGCCAGCAGUAUAGAUAACCUUGCAGGACCUCUGGCUGAAAUUGCGGUGGCAGGGGCAUCUAAUGCUGGAGAUGGGGCAACAGGAACAGAGAGGAAAGAAGGAGAAGUUGUGGGUCUUGACAUGAAUAUCAGCCAGUUCUUGAAAAGCCUAGGUCUGGAGCAUCUUCGAGAUAUAUUUGAAACAGAACAGAUUACCUUGGAUGUACUAGCAGACAUGGGUCAUGAGGAGCUGAAAGAAAUUGGCAUCAAUGCCUACGGGCAUCGUCAUAAGUUAAUCAAAGGUGUAGAGAGACUUCUAGGUGGACAACAGGGCACCAAUCCUUAUCUGACUUUUCACUGUGUCAGUCAAGGGACAAUUCUUAUAGAUCUUGCUCCUGAUGAUAAAGAAUAUCAAUCCGUGGAAGAGGAGAUGCAGAGUACCAUCAGGGAACACAGAGAUGGUGGUAAUGCUGGGGGAAUCUUCAACAGGUACAAUGUCAUUAGGAUUCAAAAGGUUGUGAAUAAGAAACUGAGGGAGAGAUUUUGUCAUCGGCAGAAAGAAGUCUCAGAAGAAAACCAUAACCAUCACAAUGAACGCAUGUUGUUUCAUGGAUCUCCUUUUAUUAAUGCUAUUAUUCAUAAAGGGUUUGAUGAAAGGCAUGCAUACAUUGGAGGGAUGUUUGGAGCUGGGAUUUACUUUGCAGAAAAUUCCUCUAAAAGUAACCAAUAUGUAUAUGGAAUUGGCGGAGGCACAGGCUGUCCUACACACAAAGACAGGUCCUGCUAUAUCUGCCACAGACAAAUGCUUUUUUGCCGUGUGACAUUGGGAAAGUCCUUCUUGCAGUUUAGUACCAUGAAAAUGGCCCAUGCCCCUCCAGGACAUCACUCUGUAAUUGGCAGGCCAAGCGUCAAUGGGCUCGCCUAUGCCGAGUAUGUCAUCUAUAGAGGGGAACAGGCUUACCCUGAGUAUCUCAUUACAUACCAAAUUGUAAAGCCAGAUACUCCUUCACAGACAGCAGUGGCUGCAGAGCAGAAGACCUAGUAGAUGCUGGUUCAUUGAAGUAGAUUACGUGACUUAAGGACUGGAUGGUUGAGAUUAGUUUCAGAACAUCAACAUUAUAUGGAAUUCUCAUCAUUCUGGAACUGCUUUAUGUGUUUUAUAAAGCGUUGCUCUGUAAAUGAAUCUGAGUAACUGAUAUGUACUCAAUUGCUACUAUUCCUUUUGAGGAAAUGUUUACAAAGAUUUGCCUUUUAACAUCCUGUCUCAGGCUCACUUUCCCUGCAGUUGCCAUGUGUCUAAUGAGAACAUUAUUGCUUCAAUCUGGGUAUGCAGGAACAUAAUAUGUAGUGCUUGCUAUGCUACGACCCUUUUUAAAAAACAGCAGCAAAUUCUGAUGCAACAGCUGUAGUGAUGUGCAUAGCUUCUGUUGAACCCAUGCCACCUUCUCAACAUUCAAGGCUCGUUUUUCUUUCUAGAAGUCUUUCAUCAGCUAUUUAUUUUCACUUCUUUCUUCUGUUACAAAAAUGAGCCAGGCCCUCCUUGAGGAUAUUUUUGCACAAAGUCAAGUUGACUAAAAACACUUAACAAUGCAAUAGGAAUUUCUUAUCCAAGAAGGUAUUAGAGAUAUAAUUCUUUGGUCUGGGAUUCUUUUUGCACUUUUUAUGAACUCUUUUUUAUGUUGCUAGAAACAUAAUUUUAAGGUAGAAGCCCUCCAUUAUCCCUGCUAAGUUCCUCUUUCUUUAUGAGGAGUUCAUACUAGCAUUCGUAUAGCAGCUUCUUUGGAAAAUGGACUCUGUUCUUCUAUUUUGCUUUCUCGUGUCUAAUAUUCCAGUAGCCCUUAGCGGCAUGCUUUGAAUGUCUCUGAUAAAAUGCAUAAGGAAUCGUUUAUUGGAUGAAACUGAAUAGGCAGAGGUUCCUCUUACCUCUCCCUGCCCAAGCAAAGAUGUGAGCAAGUUAGUGAAAUUCCUCAUGGUCAGUUGAAUUUGAUGUCUCCUGUUGUUUUUUGUUUUGUGUUUUAAUAUUUUCCCCAGAUAGUGAAUGACAAAGGAGGAAAGGUGUGAGCUAGGAGUCUGUUUCAGAUCUCACAUGUUGUGUGCAGACUCAAAAAGGACCUCUUUUUUACAGAUGAGCUAUUGGGGUAUGAAAGUUUAAACCUUUUCCUUCAAUAGGAAUAACUCGUUAUGUCUGGAUUCACUCACAUGCUGAACUCCAUGCAAAUAUUCCCCCCACCCCCGAAGACUAGUUAGACCAAUAGAUCAAGGAGUUUAUAUUUUUCUUAUUCCAGAAGACUGCUACUUAGUUCCUAAUUAAUUUCUGUCCAUUAAAUUGAUCCCCCUAAAUUUUCUUUGUGAAGAAUCCUUUUACAUAUCAUUGUCAUCAUCAUCACCAUCAUCAUCAUCAUCAUCAUCAUCAUCAUCA